CUUCACACAUAUUUGUUAUUAAGGAUAAGUUGUUUUUUAAAUUUUAAAAAGGAAUAAAUAUAUUUUUUUUAUUAGAAUUCAAGAAGGAAAUUCUUUAUCAAAUUUCGAUAUUCAUAUUUAAUCAAUAAAUAAUACAAAUUAAUUUAAUUAAAAUGUUAAACUUCCACCAAGCAGCCGUUGCAGAUAUUUUAAGAAGCAACCAAAGAGAUCAGACCUUUGUGAGUGACUUGGAAAGUCAAAUACAUUCAUUUUUAAAGUUUCUAAAUAAUCGUACUUAUCACAAUGUUCAAAAAUAUGUAUCUACUAUUGCAAAUGUAUGGUAUUAUUCUAUGACAACUUUUGCUAAUUUACAAACAUUGGGUGAAGAGUAUGCAGGAAUUAUUCGCUUAAAAAAUUUACAAAGGAUACCAAAAAAUUAUGAACACCUCAUUUGGCUGCUACUGUAUAUUGGAGGUGAACCUUUACUAGAUAGAGCUUUAUCCUAUACAGAAGUUAAAAUAAGAAGAUCCCCAUCUCUAACACAGGAUGCAAAAGAGCUAUUUAUUAAAUGUAUUACAAAAGCUAAAGAUGAAAAAUGGAUGCUAAAGAGAAUACAUUAUUCAUUAUUUUAUAUCAAUGGAAAGUAUUAUAAUGUUUCUAACAGGUUGACUGGAAUCAGAUAUGUACUAUUAAGAGAAUGGAUGCAAGAUUAUUCAUUUUCUGGAAGCUUUAAGUUGCUAGGGCAAUUAACCCUAUUUUAUAUUUUAUUUAUUAUUGUUCAAGUUAACCUAUUCCAAGAUAUCUAUUCAUCUAAGAAGCAAUCUCUAAGUCAAUCAUCUAGUCCAUCUAACAAAUUUUGCAUGUUAUGUGCUGAUAAUAUAAGGAAUCCAACUGCAACACCCUGUGGGCAUGUUUUCUGUUGGGACUGCUUGUUUGAUUCAUUAAACUACCAGAAGGCUUGUGCAAUUUGUAGGGAAGAAGUUACUAUUAAUCGAAUUAUAUUUUUACAAAAUUAUUAGUCAAACAAGUGAAUCGAAGUUGUAAAUAUAUUUUUCCAUUGAACGUUA